AAAAUCCUUCCUUCUUGGGAAGGCGGAGCGUUUGCGGCCGCUCGCCGAUCCCGGGCCGGAGGCGAAAGGCGGCUGCAGGCGAGGCUGAGCCAUGGCGGCGGCGGAAGCGCGCCGGGUCCUCGUGUAUGGCGGCCGGGGCGCCCUGGGCUCCCAAUGCGUGCGCUACUUCCGAGGGAAGAACUGGUGGGUGGCCAGCAUUGACUUGGGAGAAAACGAAGAAGCGAGUGCCAAUGUUGUUGUGAAAAUGAGCGAUUCCUUCGUUGAACAAGCAGAUCAGGUGACAGAAGAUGUUGGAAAACUCCUGGGCGGAGAAAAAGUCGAUGCUAUACUUUGUGUCGCUGGUGGAUGGGCUGGAGGCAGCGCGAAAGCAAAAUCUUUAUACAGAAAUACUGACCUGAUGUGGAAACAAAGUGUUUGGACGUCAACAAUCUCUAGCCAUUUGGCCACCAAGCACCUGAAGGAAGGGGGCUUGUUGACCCUGACAGGGGCAAAAGCAGCAUUAGCUGGAACUCCAGGAAUGAUAGGUUAUGGCAUGGCCAAAGGAGCAGUCCACCAGCUUUGCCAGAGCCUCUCGGGUGCAAACAGUGGGUUGCCACCGGGGUCUGCCGCGGUUGCCAUUCUCCCGGUUACCUUGGAUACACCGAUGAACAGGAAAUCUAUGCCUGAUGCGGAUGUCAGCUCCUGGACACCGUUAGAUUUCAUUGCCGAAACCUUUUAUGACUGGAUCACUGGAAAAAACCGUCCAUGUUCUGGGAGUCUGAUCCAAGUAGUAACCAUAGGAGGAAAGACGGAGCUGUCUCCUUCUCAUCUCUGAGCGGUCAUACGUGCAAACAGCAGUGAAGUGGAGAUGCAAAGUGUGUGUGUGUAGUUUGUGCGGUCUUCUCCUUCUGCCGGUAAAAUGGUCUUAUUUGUCGAGCAAGACCUGAGGUCAUAUUUGUGUUGCUUGUUGUUAACCAGGUGCACUUAAUUAUCCAAAGGUACAAAGUGUCAUGUGAAUCAGGGCUGUGAAUUUGAAGAUUCACUGAUGGCCUCGCUGCAGCAUUUUCUACAGAAUUAUGCCGAGUCUUAAGAAAAGCAAACAGUGAGCAGUAAAACUGUGUUUUAAUUAUAUGAAAUGCAUAUAUUUCACUGUUGCGGAAGUUCUGCUGCCUUGGGGUUUCCGCCCCACACUUGAAUGCUGCCUAGAUAGUCAAUUACGUCAGGUGUAAUUAUGAACCGUCACAUUAACACAGACCAAACAUGCAGUCUUACUGUCUUUCUUCUGGAUGUUGUGUGAUAAAUAAAGAAGAUCCAUAGAAAUCUGUGGGUCAAAAACAUACAAUUGACAGUAUUGGUUGUAAACUGUACCACAGCAAGCUGUUGUCUGUGUUGCAGAAGGCGGCUGUGUUGAACUGCUCCUCUACCUGAACAGACUUCUCGCUAAACAAUACACAUACAACACACAUGUGUGCAGAGCUUUUCCCUCGAGAAAACAUGCAGCCAUUUAUCCCCCACUCUCAACUGCACACGGAGCUGUUCGUAAGCGACGAGGUUGAACGAGGAAACAUUAUUUUGCCUUUAAAGCUAUUCAGCACAGUUCAGACCUUUUCCGAAAGGGAGCCAGUUCACCAAAGCUAUGGGAAAGAUUUUGUGGGGUGGGGUGGGGCAUAGGUUGUCGUCCAAAGCCUUAUUGUACAAAGAGACGUAGCUGGAUGUUGACUUAUGGUAUAUGCAGCAAUGUCACCUUCAAUCAGCUGUGUGCACCAACCAGCAAACUGCUUCAUUGCUUGUCAUGCACAUCAUGCCUCUUGUAAUUUCAUACGGUGAUUUUAAAAAGUGCUCUAAAAUAGCCCCAGUUGCGGAUAUUGCCAUAUAUUGAAUUUUGUCCUCAAUAAACUUGUUGUUCAGAAGCCCGCAA